GGCGGCCGCGGCAGGUAGGGUCGGGCGGGGCGGGGGCCCGCUCCCCCGGCCAUGGCGCAGACGGAGCCCCCGAAAGCGGUGCGGCUGUGGCGCGACGCCGCCUUGCGCGCACGGAAGCUGCGGGGCGGCCCCGGCGAGCCCGAGCCGGAGCCGGACGCGGGGCCCCCGGGGGGGCCGCCGCCGCCUCCCCCCGCCGCUGGGGGGGCCGCUGCCGCGCCUCGCCGCCCGCUCACGGCGGCGGCUCUGGGGGAGGUGGAGGCGCUGAACCUGAGCGGGCGGGGGCUGGAGGAGCUGCCCGAGGAGGUGGGCGCCGCCCUGAGCGGGUUGCGGGUGCUCAGCCUGCGGCGCAACCGACUGGGCCGCCUGCCCGCCGCUGCCCUGCGCCAACUGGGCCGCCUGGCCGAGCUCGACCUUAGCCACAACCGACUGCGGAGCUUGGGGGACGGCGGGGCGCUGGCGGAGCUGCGGGGCCUGCGCAAGCUCAGCCUCAGCCACAACGAGCUGGGCGCCGAUGGCCCGGGCCUGUCCCCCUGCCUUGCUGAGCUGGGCUGUCUCGAGGAGCUCGACCUCAGCUUCAACCGCCUCCGCCAUCUGCCCGAGGGCCUCGGACGCCUACGACACCUCCGCGCUCUAGACAUCGACCACAACCUGCUGCCCUCCUUCCCCACCCCUUUGCUGGAGCUGGCCGCCCUGGAGGAACUCGACUGCUCUGGCAACCGCCACCUUGGGGCCCUGCCCGAGGGCAUCGCUGCCCUCCACCACCUCAAGAUCCUCUGGCUGAGCGGCACUGGGCUGGCAGCCCUGCCCGAGGGCCUUUGCCAGUUGAGUGCCCUUGAGAGCCUCAUGCUGGAUGGCAACCGGCUGCAGGCCCUGCCUACCGACUUUGGCAGCCUGCAGCGCCUCAAGAUGCUGAACCUCUCCUCCAAUUUGUUGGGGGAGUUCCCUGCUGCCAUCUUGGCACUUCCCAGCCUGGAGGAGCUCUACCUGAGCCGAAACCAGCUCACCCUGUUGCCCUCUCACCUCUGUCAACUCCGCCAGCUUCGCACCCUCUGGUUGGACAACAACCGCAUCCGCUACCUGCCUGACUCCAUCGUGCUCCUCCACAGCCUGGAGGAGCUGGUCCUGCAGGGCAACCAGAUUGCCAUCCUGCCUGAGGGCUUCGGGCAGCUCUCUCGUGUCACUCUGUGGAAGAUCAAAGACAACCCCCUCAUCCAGCCACCCUAUGAGGUGUGCAUGAAAGGCAUCCCCUACAUCGCAGCCUACCAGCAAGAGCUGGCCCACUCCCAGCCUGCUCUCAAACCUCGCCUCAAGCUAGUACUCAUGGGCCUAAAGGAUGCAGGAAAGACCCUGCUGAGACAAUGCCUCAUGGAGGAGGAUGAACAGAGGGAGGAUGUGGGAAGUCUGGAGGCAGGGAGCACCCGGUCCAGAGGAUGCCCUGGGCAGCAGCAGGACACUGUGAGAGUGCCAGUUGGACAAUGUUGCCCCUUCCCAGAGCCUCAGGACAUGUCCUCUGCACGGAUACCUGCCAUGCAGCAUCUGGAACAUCUUCCCGUUGAGCAGCAGGACGUCCCUUCUCACAUGGCCUCUCACCGAUUGAAGGAGGAGAUGCUGUGCCCUGCGCUAUCUCUGCCAACGAGUGUUCCCCAGGUACCAUCAGGACUGGGUCUGUCAGCAGGCAGUAAGGGCAUUGAGGUGGUGGACUGGACAGCAGAUGUGGAGAGGGGCCUGACAUUCAUUGUGUACGAGCUGAGGGGAGACCCGAGCUAUGAUGUGAUCCAGUCUUUCUUCCUCUCUCCUGGGGCCCUGUACGUGCUGGUGGUGAAUUUGAGUGCCUAUGUCCCUCAGCACUUCUACCCCUCUGUGGGCUAUUUCUUGCACUGGCUGGGUUCCAAGGUGCCCCAUGCUGUGGUGUGCAUGGUGGGAACCCAUACUGACCUCUGUGCGGAGCGGGAGUUGGAAGAGAAGUGCCUGGACAUCCAUCACCAGAUUGCUCAGCAGGAAAAGAGGGAUGCCGAGGGGCUCCAGAACUUGGUCCAGCAAGUGGAUGAGGCUCUGGGACAGGACUUUGACCUGCGCUGCUCCAGCCCGCAUGCUGCCUUUUAUGGGGUCUCAGACAAGAACUUGCGGCGAAAGAAAGCCCAGUUUCAGUACCUUCUUAACCACCGCCCACAGAUCCUCUCUCCAGUGCUGCCUUUCAGCUGCUGGGACCGUUUCCAGGUGCGUCGCCUGCGGGACAAACUCCUCUCUGUGGCUGAGCACCGGGAUAUCUUCCCUAACCUGCACCGGGUGUUGCCCAAAUCCUGGCAAGUGCUGGAGGAGCUGCACUUCCAGCCACAAGCUCAGCAGCUGUGGCUUAGCUGGUGGGACUCUGCCCGGUUGGGCUUGCAGGCAGGCCUGACAGAGGAUCGGCUGCAGAGUGCCCUGUCCUACCUGCAUGAGAGCGGGAAGCUGCUAUACUUCGAGGAGCACCUCACCUUGCGGGAGUAUGUGUUCCACAACCUGCCGAGGCUCAUUGACAUCCUCAAUGUCUUCUGCCAGCGGGAUACCACCGUGCUGCUCCAGAAACUGCUCAGCGACACUCACAUUGACGAACUGAGGGCCACUCAGCUCCAUCAUUACGUGGAGGGCUUCUUGUUGCAUGGCCUCCUUCCUGCCCACGUUAUCCGUCUCCUCCUUAAGCCCCACGUCCAGAGCCGGGAGGAUCUGCAGCUUAUCCUGGAGCUGCUGGAGAAGAUGGGGCUCUGUUACUGUGUCAACAAACCCAAAUGCAAGCCCCUAAAUGGGGCGGCUGCUUGGUACAGGUUUCCCUGCUACAUGAAAAAUGAGGUGCCCCAUGCGGAGGCCUGGAUCAAUGGCACCAAUCUGAGUGGACAGUCCUUCGUGGUUGAGCAGCUGCAGAUUGAAUAUAGCUUUCCAUUCAUUUUCCCACCCGGUUUGUUUGCACGCUACAGCGUCCAGAUCAACAGCCACGUGGUUCAGCGGUCAGAUGGCAAAUACCAGAUUUAUGCCUACCGGGGAAAGGUGCCUGUGGUGGUGAGUUAUCGGCCUUCCAGGGGAGCUCUGCAGCCAGAUACUCUGUCUAUCGCUAGUCAUGCGUCCCUACCAAAUAUCUGGACAGCUUGGCAAGCUAUUACCCCUUUAGUGGAAGAACUGAAUGUCCUGCUCCAGGAAUGGCCGGGCCUGUACUACACUGUGCAUGUCCUCUGUUCAAAGUGCCUUAAAAGAGGGUCACCCAACCCACACACUUUCCCAGGAGAACUGCUGAGUCAGCCAAGACCUGAGGGACUGACGGAGAUCAUCUGUCCCAAGAACGGCAGCGAACGAGUUAAUGUUGCCUUGGUUUACCCCCCCACUCCUACUGUGAUCAGCCCAUGUUCCAAGUGA